AUGACGCCCUGCUCAGCAUCGGGGCAUUUAAACGGGCUGAGAGAGAAACUGGAUGAGGUCAACUGGACUGUGGGAGCUGUCAAUCACACCUUCAGCAAUGACAUCAGUGUUCAUCACCUUAAAAUACAAGAUUUGCAGAUCCAGAUCAGCAACAUAACAGAAGACACCAGCAAUUUAUGGGUGACGCACAUCCACACGGAGGGCCAGCUGAGGAAUGAGAUGGAGAUCCUGAACACGGUCACAGAGGACCUCCGCCUGAAGGACUGGGAGCACUCCAUGACCCUGAAGAACCUCACAAUUUUUGAAGGACCUCCAGGGCCAAAGGGCGAGAAGGGAGACACCGGAGAGCAGGGGCUGCCAGGGUACCCUGGGUUCAGUGGCCUAAGAGGACCUACAGGAGAAAAGGGAAUGCAAGGUGUCCAGGGAAUAAUAGGACCUGCUGGGGCUGACGGUGAGCAGGGAGAGAAAGGAGACCCAGGACCUGCUGGACCUAAAGGAGACAGAGGAGAGAGAGGCUUCAAAGGGGAGAAAGGUGAUCAAGGAGAACGAGGAGAAAAAACAGUCGAGGAGGCGCUGGUACGGUUGGUGAAUGGGUCUGGACCUCAUGAAGGCCGUGUGGAGGUGUUGCAUGAGCGGCGCUGGGGAACGGUGUGUGACGACGUCUGGGACAAAAAAGAUGGAGACGUGGUCUGCAGGAUGCUGGGAUACAGAGAAGCAGCAGAGGUCCACAAGACCGGACGCUUUGGACAAGGUUCUGGUCGGAUCUGGAUGGACGACGUUGCCUGCACGGGGACUGAAGACACCAUCCACCAGUGCAAGUUUUCUGGUUGGGGCAAAACAAACUGUGGACACGUCGAGGACGCCGGCGUGACCUGCAGCACCUGA